AUGGAGGCUAAUGUUGACUCAACUCCAUAUACACUUGAUACAACUGGAGCAUUGAUUGUCAAUUUAUUUUCAAAUGAAAUUAAUAGACAAGAUGUUAAUGGAUUACUUCAUGCUCAAAGUUUAUUACUCGAACAAAUAGAUAAAACAAAUGAAAAAUUAGAUGGAAUUAAUAAAAUAUCAGCUGAACGUUAUUUAGAUGCAACAAGAGAUUUUACAACGCAUACACAAAUGCUGACAGCGAUGAAAAAAGAUCUAGAUUUGAUUUUUAAACGAAUUAAAUUACUUAAAAUGCGAUUGAACAAAAAAUAUCCUGAAACUUAUGCGUCAGUCGUUCAGAUAGCGACAAAACGAGACGACUCAUUUGAUAACGACGAAGAUGAUGAUGUAGUUUCAGCUAUGAAACCUUUUGGUGGUUCAUCACUUGUUAAAUCGAAAACAGUGGAUUGUUCUGAAUUAUCAGCAUCAAUGCGUGAAACGUAUAGUUUAGCUCAAAUAAAUGAUGCUACUACUGCUGAACAAUCAACUAGUUCAUUCGAUGCUAUAAUAUUUCUAUCGAGAAUAAGAAACAGUCGAUUCCGUUGUGUAUCAAUAAUAAAUUGUUUUCUUAUGGCUACAGCAUCAAAUCUUGAUGAUCUUCUUCAAUGUCCAAUAUGCUUGGAUAUACUACAUGAUCCAAAAGUGCUCGACUGUCAACAUACAUUUUGUGCGAAUUGUUUAAAAAUUCAUCUUCAAUCAACAGCAAGUAGAUUUGGACAAUCAAAUACUAUCGUUUGUCCUAAUUGCCGUUUGCCAUCAAAUUUAACAAAUAGUUCGGUUGAUAGUCUUCCAGGAAACUAUAUUGUACGCGACAUAAUCGAACGACAAUAUGGUAAAAGAACACCUGAACGCCCACCUGGUUAUGCUCAGCAGAUUCAAGAUCGUAUACAAAAAAUGAGAAAAGAAGAGGAACCUGAAUCCGAUUUCGGGCAAUACGUUGGACCCGCCAUAGCCGGUUUAUUUGGUAUUAUUGGUGGUUUACUAUUGGCAAAAGGUGUUCAAAAAAUGCGUGACAACAGUAAAAAAUAA